AUGGAGCCACAGUCGUCGUCCCCCGUCCACAUCAAUGCACUCCCUGUAAAGCGCCGCAGCAGGGGCUUCAAAGGCGAGACGAACCGGGACAUCACAACUCGACAGAACUCUGAGACUCUUAGCUUACGGCGUGUGGACAGAACACACUCUUGCAUCAUAAAGGUGGGCCGCUGGAACCCGAUGCCGAUCCACUUCCUGACGGACGCUCCUGAAGCCACGGUGGCCGACAUGCUGAUGGAGGUUUAUCACAUGGUCACUCUGCGCAUCCAGCUGCAGAGGUCAGAUUUUUCAAAGAUGGAGGACCUCCCCUCUGAACAGUGGAACCACACGACGGUGAGGAACGCUCUCAAAGAUCUGCUGAGGGAGAUGAACCAAAGCACUCUGGCCAAAGAGUGUCCGCUGUCACAGAGUAUGAUUUCCUCCAUCGUGAACAAUUCCUACUACGCCAACGUCUCCACCGCCAAAUGCCAGGAGUUUGCUCGUUGGUACAAGAGAUAUAAAAACAUGAAAG